UCAAGUGGCUGAUAUGUGGAAAGGAAGAUAACUCUGGGUGGAAUUAUUCAGAAUGGCCGGAGAUGAAUACUGUCGCCACAUCACCGAGGAGACGGACCCGAGCCCGCAGGAUGAGGCAUUUCAGUUUGAGGCCCGAGACCACGGUGGGACUGUUCUGGCUGGACUUUGUCAGCUGCGGGACCAGGAGAAGCUGUUUGAUGUAGUGUUGACGGCAGAGUGCCAGAGUUUCCCAGCUCACAGAGUUGUGCUAGCUUCCUGUAGUGAUUACUUCAGGGCCAUGUUCACAGAUGACCUCAGGGAAUGUCACCAGAAGGAGAUCACGCUGAACGGUGUGACGGCUAAGGGGAUGAAGCACCUGAUAGACUAUGCCUACACUUCCAGGCUCUCCAUUGAUGCAGAUAAUGUCCUGGACAUCUUGGCCGCAGCCAGUCACUUCCAGAUCCUGCCUGUGGUGGGUGCCUGUAGUGGGUUCAUUGGGCACCAGCUGACAGUGGAGAACUGUGUGGAUGUGGCAACCCUGGCUGACACAUACUCCCUGAAAGAGCUGCAGAUGCAUGCUUACAGGUUCAUGUGUAACCACUACGCUCAGUUUUCCAUGUCGCCGUCCUUCCAGCGGCUCUCCGCACCUCAGCUAACCACUCUGCUCCAGAGUAACUUCCCGGUAGACUGCCCCGAAUGGGAUGUCUGUUACAUGGCCCUGAACUGGAUAGAAUACAAGAUGGAGGAUCGACUGCCUCACGCGGCCAGCAUCCUCACCAACAUCUUCUUCCAGGACAUCAAGGUGAGCGAGCUUCAGAGGCUUACACAAUCAGACACGAUGAAGGAGGUGCUGGCCUGGAACCCUCAGCUCAAGAAGCACAUCUUCUCCAAGCUGGGCAGUCGUAAAGUGUCGGUGUGCUCUGCUCAGAACCUGCUUAACCGGCGGGGUUAUAAGGAGACGGUUAUCGUGGCCGGUGGGUUUACUGUGCACUCGGGCAUGACCAAUGACAUUUUGUACCUGGAUACAGACACGUGCACGUGGAAACUGCUCACCAAAAUCCCCCACGUGGAACAGUGUAACUUCGGUGUGUCCGUGCUGAACAACUGCCUGUAUGUACUGGGUGGCUGUUUUGACCAGAACAUGCAGGAGGUGAUACACCCGUAUGGAUUCCGGUUUGACCCGCUCAGGAACACCUGGUCCAGCAUCGCGCCCAUGCUAGAGGAGCGCUGUCGUUUUUAUCUGGGGGCUGUGGACAACAAGCUGUACGCCAUUGGGGGCGACCCGUCGUUCUCUGGGGAUCUGAUUGACGAUAUCUCACGAUGUGAAUGUUACAACUCUGACUGUAACACCUGGACUGAGAUGGCGCCUCUGCCAGGUAGCCGGACCCAGCAUGCGGGGACAUCUUAUUACCACUACCUGUACGUGUCAGGGGGUCUACAAGAGCUGGACAAUGUUGUGCUGGACACCUUACACUGUUACGAUACACGGGCAGAGGCAUGGACAUCCAAGUCCUCCAUGCUGUCCCCACGGGCAGACCACACCAUGUUUGUGUACGACAACAAGAUCUACGUGGCUGGAGGCUGGUUUGAGGACGAGAUCAGCCACCAGAGGGUUCUGGUGAGGACGAUAGACUCGUACGACGUGAGCACGGACCAGUGGGAGAUGGUGACACAUCUACCUGAGGCCCGCCUGCAUGCAACCUUCACCUGUCUCCAUCACCACCUGUUCGUCAUAGGUGGAUCAAUUGAUGGAGACUAUGAGAAAAAGACAAAAAAAGUAGACAUUCUGAAUUUGGAUAUGUGCAGAUGGGAAGAGAGUAUUGAUUUUAGCCAUGAGGUGUGGGAACAUACAGCCUGUAGUAUGUUCCUUCCCACAGUGCUGUCUUUAUGAACAUACAUCCUGUACUAUCUACAUUCCCACAGUGGUACCUUAAUGAAUAUACAGCCUGUAGUAUGUUCCUUCCCACAGUGCUGUCUUUAUGAACAUACAUCCUGUACUAUCUACAU